ACGUUAGUGAUUCAACUGGAUUUCUGUUUGCGAAACCCACUGUUGUGUGCUAAAAACAUUCUUAUUUUGAAUAAUAAUUGACUGAAAAAUCUGUUGUAAAAAAUGCCAUACUGAAGUAGGAUGUAACAUUCAGUUGUAAGAAUAUGUUUUCUUGUCCUUUUUUCACCAUAGUAUGUGUGUUCCAAUACUGACCUACUAAACAUUUUUUUCCCUGUUUUAGACGAAGAUGCAUCACCUGGUGUUGAGACCAUGCUUGUGUUUUCUGAUCAUGUCCGGAGCUUUGUGAACCCUGUUUGGACAUCGUCAGGCAGACCAGUUGAUAGAAAACGCACUGGACCACGACCUUGUCCAGUUUGUUAUUUGCCAGUUGAGCAAGCACUGGCACUGAGACCAGCUAAACCAUCAUUGUCACCAGUCCUUCAAAGCUUAAAUUAUGUUCUUGAAGAGAUUUUGAUUCCCAAAGAGUCCAAGAGCGGUUCUUUGUUUGGAGGUUUUCCAUCCCUGGAGGAACGAGAUAAGUCUUAUGACAUAAAAGACUCGAUGACUGUACAUUGUGGAUUUGUAAGAGGGAAGGUACCUGGUCUUAAUACUGGGUUUGACAUAGAUGAAGCUGAUCAUUCUGAGAUGCAGCUGUGCCAGAGUACAGUUGUUGCCUCUGCUAUUUUUGGUAAUUAUGACGUAAUGCAACAACCAGAAAAUAUCAGCAAAUUUUCAAAAGAUACAGUUUGCUUCUUUAUGUUUCUGGAGGAAGAAACAGAAGCUGCAAUAAAGAACACUACUAUUGGUCAUACUAAAAAGAUUGGGCUGUGGCGGGUAGUUGUUGUCCGCAACCUACCAUUUACAGAUGCUAGACGCAAUGGAAAGGUUCCAAAGCUAUUACUUCAUCGGCUUUUUCCCAAUGCGCGAUAUUCAAUUUGGAUUGAUGGGAAACUUAAGCUAGUGAGGGAUCCUUAUCAGGUAUUAGAAAGGUUCUUGUGGAGGAAGAAUGUUAGCUUUGCAAUUUCCAGGCAUUACAGACGCUUCGAUGUUUUCGAGGAAGCUGAGGCCAACAAGGCUGGUGGAAAAUAUGAUAACACAUCAAUUGACUACCAGAUAGAGUUCUACAAAAGAGAGGGUCUAACCCAUUAUUCAUCAGCCAAACUUCCUAUAACGAGUGACGUCCCGGAGGGCUGUGUGAUAAUUAGGGAACAUAUCCCCAUAACAAACUUGUUUACAUGCCUUUGGUUCAAUGAAGUUGACCGCUUCACGUCCAGAGAUCAGCUAAGCUUCAGCACAGUUAGGGAUAAAAUAAGGUGGCGAGUUAAUUGGACUGCAGACAUGUUCCUGGAUUGUGAAAGGCGUGAUUUUGUUGUUCAGUCGUACCACCGAGAACUGUUGGAACAGAGGCAGUCUGCCUUACGAAGAUGGCCUCCCCAGCGGUCUCCCAUCGCGCGCUUCCAACCUAGAAAGAUGCUUCCAGACAAUGCAGCAAGGGAACCAUGGAAGGCUUCUGCAACCAAGAAGUUAUCACGGAAGCGAGCACGGGAUAAGAAAUCAAGCUCGAGACGAACUCAUUGAACUAGUGGGAAGGAAGCAAUUCAACUGUAAAUGCUGGCGAUUUUGCUCCUACACAACUGCAUAUCUAACGGACAGCAUUCCAACAUUGUUUUACUACUUUUAACUUCCUUUCAUGCUCCUAGCUCCCCUCCCCAAGGGCGCCAAAAUUUUGUCAGGGAUUGUUGAUAGAGAGCUGAAAUUCUUUGUUGUAAAUAAACAUUUUUAGAUCAGAGAUGUAUUCAACUAGCAGCUGAUUCAAUUCAAUCCAUUUUGGAGGUAGUC